UAAAAAGCCUUUGAAUCUCGGGAGAAGCAAUCUAGUUUCACUAGCUCCGUUAUCAUUCUUGAAAUGCAAAAACAAUUUUAUCUUCUAUGAUAAAACAGAAUGGUAGGUUGAUUCUUUUUAAUAUAAUAAAAUUUUAGGUUUAUUCGUUGCUUCGCAUUUACGUUUGAAGAGUUCGUCUUGGAAAGCAGGUAUAGUUUCAAAAUGGCUAAUUUUGGUAAAAACAAAAUGGCUGCUUAUACUUUCAUUUGGAGUAUCCAAAACUACACUCGUCCACCUCAUUUAAAUCUGCAAAGCCCAUCGUUUAUUGUGGAUUCUAUCGAGAAAACCAAGUGGUGUUUAGUUCUUCAUGUAAAUCAACAUUGUGUCUUGUGUUAUAUCAAGAGAUUGGCAGAUAACAGUGUUCUUAAAAGUAUGGAGUUAAAUUUCGAAUUGACUGUCCUUUCAGCUAACGGAUUGCCUUUCAAAGAGCAGAGGGGUGCAUAUUUCCAUAUUAACCACCAGUCGAAAAUAGUAAAACUCAUCGACAACAAAGUUUUCAAAGAAAGAAGGGCAGAAUUUUUACCAAAGGAUACUCUUACGAUUCGUUGCCAGAUUUGGAGAAAAGAAAAUGAAACUCUCACCACUGAUUUGUGCUUUGCUCGGACACAGUUAAGGCUAGUGAGACGAUCUUUUGUAUGGCCUGUUGAGAAAUUCAGAUGGCUUCGAUAUGGGGAUAAAAAGACUUAUAAUCUGCAACAAAUGACUGAGUAUGAGCCUCAGGUGACUCUGAAUAUGUAUUUGGACGAAGACAAUGAUGGUAUUCACCUUGAAAUCUCCCUGCAAGGUGGGAGAUGUUGUAGUAUCACUAGUGAAAUAUCGAUAGUUGAUAUCGAAGGAAAAGUCACCUCUUGGGGAGCAAUUGGAUUUCAGCAGAAUAUGAACGAAGCAAAUAUAUCAUUGCCACAACUUAUGAGCAAACAACAACUGGUGGCCCAAGAAGAUCGUUAUUUGCCGAAUAAUGUACUGCUUUUGAGAUGUUCUUUUGAUAUUUUCACUGGAAUCGAAUCAAACCGAAUCGAAUAUUGCUCACAGCCAUCGUCUAGAAAGGUGGAAAAUCAUGCCGUGUCCGAGGACAUGGUUAUUUUUGAUGAAACACCUGCUUCUUGCUCCGAUUCUUGUAACCUGAAAAAAGCCUUGAGAAACCUAUACAAAGAUAAAACAUACAGUGAUAUCACUCUUAAAGCCGGUAACGAAUCAUUCCAAGUUCAUAAGAACAUUCUGAGUGCAAGAUCUCCUAUGUUCAAAGCAAUGUUUAGCAGUGACAUGAUGGAAAAGGAAAGAAGCAUUAUCGAUCUUCCAGAUCUAGAUGGAAUCACCUUACAUCGUAUGUUGCUUUACAUCUACACUGACUUUCUGGAAGAUCUUCCUUGGGACGAAGCCUUUGAUUUGUUCCGUGCUGCUGACGAAUAUGGGCUGGUAGACCUUAAAAAGAGAUGUUCGGCUAUUAUGAAGAACAGUCUCAACAAAACUAGCGUUUGCGAUGUAUUGUAUGUGGCUGACAUGCAUCACGAUGAAGCUUUAAUACUGGCCGCGAAAGAUUUUAUUUUUGAAAAAAGAUUAGAGUUGCUCGAUUCUAAAGAAUGGGAGCUGUUCAAACGUAAUAAUGAACAAUUAGCAUCGGAAAUACUAGAAUAUGUAAAUCUGAUAAAUGACGAGAAUUGAAACGCUAAUUUUGCUCAGAUGGCGAAAAUUAGAACUGUUAGAAUCGAAAAUUAUUCAAAUUAUUUAUUUUCCUGAUUACCUGACAAUUAAUCAAAAAGAAAAGGCAAUAUAUUGUUUUUGAGUAGACAGUAUUUUGGCAUUGAAAACAGAUGAAGCCGUGAAUGAUUUCCCGCUAUGACUGAAUUCCUCAUUAAGUUGAAUAUCGUCUGAUAGAGUCUUCUCUUUAAUCAAAGAUAAAUGGAACUAAAAAUACUUUUAAAAGGAACUAAAUUUCUGCUUAAAUCUAGUGAUUUGUUCGUGUUGAUUUUUUUUCUUACUUAUUUUUUAUUUAUUUAUUUAUUUUUUAUUAUUUAUUUACAUUAAAAACUUCAUUAAAAUUCCGAUUUAUAUGUUUAAUAGUUGUUAACAAUGGCAUUAAUGUUUUCAUUUUUCUUCAAGAAUUUGUUUUCAAGAUCAUUAGGGAAAUGAUUAAAAGACUAAUAAUUUACAAUAAAAGUAAUGGCACAUAGAACUUCAUCAGUUCUUUUUUAUUUUUACAUCAGUGUGCAUUUUAGAAGAAAAAAACUGAUUUUAAUGCC